CGAGCGACGCCGUAUCAGAAGAGGACGAAGUUGCGAAACUCCCGAGAAAGGAGGGAGCUACUCUGCAAGCCUGCUGAAAGAGGAGAGCUAAAAAACAAAAAACCGAAAAAUAACCUUAAAAAAACCGUAAACGCCAAUCCUCCAAAAAUCUACGUGUACUGGAAGACUUUUUUGUAACGCUGAUAAUUUAUUAUAUGUGAAGAAAGUAUUUAUACUUUUUUUUUUCCUAUUUGCACUAACUAACGGUACUUCAGAACUACUGAGAAUCUUUAUUUUUUACAAAAAAAGAAAAAAUAUAACACCCUGUGGAAGGACACCACUUACACAAAACCAGCACUUCUGAUUUUGAUUUUUUUCCCCAACCUGUUUCAUCCAAGUUCUGGUUACUUUUGCCAUCCCGACUGGAGAGAGCAGCUGUGCUGCCAAACACGGAUAAACAAAGCAGACCCAGUGGAUACGUUCAAGGUCAGACACAAAUAAUCUUGUUGCAUCGGGUAAACUUCAGCAGUUAGCUAUGCAGCUUGAAAUCCAAGUAGCCCUCAACUUCAUCAUCUCAUACCUGUAUAACAAGCUGCCCAGGCGGCGAGUCAACAUUUUUGGCGAGGAGCUGGAGCGGCAGCUGAAGCAGAAAUAUGAAGGACACUGGUACCCGGACAAGCCAUACAAAGGUUCAGGAUUCAGAUGCAUCCACGUUGGGGAGAAGGUUGACCCCGUGGUGGAGAAGGCAGCCAAAGAGAGUGGGCUGGACAUUGAAGAUGUCCGCAACAACCUUCCCCAGGACCUCAGUGUGUGGAUUGACCCCUAUGAGGUAUCCUACCAGAUUGGGGAGAAGGGGCCCGUCAAAGUGUUGUACGUCGACGACAGCAACGAAAGUGGAAGUAGCAAUGUGGGACUUGAUUUGGACAAAGAGAUAAAGAACAGUUUCAAUCCAGACGCGCAGGUCUUCAUGCCCAUCAAUGAGCCUGUGAAUGGCGCCUCCCCGGGUUCCAGCUCGCCCUCCCCACCCUUUGGCCACUCGGCAGCAGUAAGCCCCACCUUUAUGCCCCGCUCCACGCAGCCUUUAACCUUCACAACAGCCACCUUUGCUGCCACCAAGUUUGGCUCCACUAAGAUGAAGAGCAGUGGACGCAACAAUGGCGGCAGUGGCGCUGGGAACAAGGUGGCACGUACCUCUCCCACCAACCUGGGCCUGAAUGUGAACAGUCUCCUGAAACAGAAAGCCAUCUCCACCUCCAUGCACUCUCUGUACGGGUUAGGCCUCGGCGCGCCGCAGCAGCAGCACCAGAAGCCCUCGGCACUCUCCCCCAAUGCCAAGGAAUUUGUGUUCCCCAGCCUGCAGGGCCAGGGCAGCCAGAGUGCUCUUUUCCCCAGCGACAGCUCGCUCAGCCUCAGCCCGCUGCAGUACAGCAAUGCCUUUGAUAUGUUUGCGGCCUACGGUGGCCUUAAUGACAAGUCGCUUAUGGAUGGCUUGAAUUUCAGCUUGAGCAACAUGCAGUAUUCUAACCAGCAAUUCCAGCCAGUUAUGGCCAACUAGUACACGUGAAGGUACUACUUAAGCUACUACUUCAUACAGAAACGACCAGAGAUAAUGUGAUGGGGGGGGAAACAAACAUAAAUGCACAUUUCAAAACAGAAAUAAAUAAAAU